AUGACUUUACCUAGCAAUACAGAAUCCAACUCGAGAGAGCAUGUGAACGCAAUCACUUUGCAGUCAGGUAAGUAUAUUCUUGGUUCUUCUCUUGUUUCUAAUAAUGAUAUUGAUGUGCAGGUAGAUUCAACCAGAAAGGUUGAAGAUAACAAGGCAAAGAAACUAGAGAAGAAAGAGGCAAAGAAGAUUCCACUAAAGGAAUACCAGUCCAAAAUUCUUGAUGUAUUUAAACAACUGCACAUAAACUUACCUUUUGUUGAAGCUAUUUUGCAAAUGCCUAGAUAUGCGAAGUUCUUAAAGGAGAUCCUUAGCAACAAAAGGAAGUUUGAGGACUUUGCAUCCAUGACACUAAAUGAGGAGUGUUCGGCAAUUUUCCAGAACAAGUUACUGGAAAAGAAACAUGAUCCAAGGAGUUUUAUUGUCCCUUGUGUUAUAGGUGACUUAACAAUUAGUGAUGCUUUAGCUGAUUUAGGAGCUAGCAUUAAUGUAAUGCCCUACAACCUGUUUGCUAAGUUGGGGCUGGUAGAGACAAAACCUACUAGGAUGAGUAUACAACUAGCUGGUACGUCAAUUAAGUAUCCCAGGGGUGUUGUAGAGAAUGUGCUUGUUAAGGUGGAUAAAUUCAUAUUUCCUAUUGACUUUGUAAGCUUAGACAAGGAUGGUGAGAGUAGUGUACCUUUGAUUCUAGGUAGACCUUUCCUUGCAACAUAUAGGGCAAUUAUAGAUGUUUGUGAUGGAAAGCUUGAACUUAGGGAAAUGUUGGUUGAAGACCCUCUACAAGUUACUUUGCUAAUGGAAGAUGAGCAUGAGCAGUCAAAUGAGAAAGUAUUGGAGCAUCUUGAAUUUUUGUUAGCAAAUGAGCUAAGCAAAGAGGAUAAAAAGUUUGUUGUAAUUGAUAGGGUAGGUGUGCAGAAGUUGAGCCCAUCAAUUUAG